ACUCGAAUCACGCUCCCUCCUUCCUUCAACGGUUCUCCUUCAAUCUUCUGUUUAAAUCUUUUGCGAUUCCCUCCAAUUUUGAACUGCAAAAUCAAUCUUCUCCUCAAUCUGCAACUCCAUUGCUUCAACCAUGGCGAAUCUCCAUCUACCCUACAUUCUACCGGACUCUUCCUCCGCCUAUUCCCGGAAGCAGAAAUCGCUCGGCCUCUUAUGCUCCAAUUUUUUGAGAUUGUACGAUCGCGAUGGUGUUCACUCGAUUACCCUCGACGAUGCUGCCGUUCGGUUGGGUGUUGAGAGGCGGCGGAUCUACGACAUUGUCAACGUUUUGGAAAGCGUUGGGAUUCUUGCUAGGAAGGCCAAGAAUCAAUAUAAUUGGAUAGGAUUUUCAGGCCUCCCUAACGCAUUACGGCAACUCAAGGAAGAAGGUUUGACGGGAAAUAGGUCAGGCAUGGAUGCCAAUGACCACUCAAAAAUGUGGGACGAUGAAGAUGAUACUCUAGGAUUUUCAGAUCUAACUUCUGUAAGCCAGAAGUCAACCUCUGUGACGUCUAAAUCUUCAGAGUCGGUGAGAAGUGAAAAUAGGAGGGAAAAAUCUCUUGCACUUCUUACGCAGAAUUUUGUCAAGCUCUUUGUCUGCUCUAAGGCACAUUUGAUUUCACUGGAUCAAGCUGCAAGAUUACUGCUAGGGGAUGCACAAAGUAUAUCACUAAUGCGAACCAAAGUCAGACGUCUUUACGAUAUUGCAAAUGUUUUAGCAUCAAUUCAUCUUAUUGAAAAGACGCAUACCGUUGAAACCAGAAAGCCUGCAUUUCGAUGGCUAGGAUUGAGAGAUGAAGUUGAGAAUCGUCACUCUCGAAAACCGAUUCCAUGUGAUUCUAAUAAAAGGACGUUUGGAACCGAUAUAACUAACUUCAACUUGAAGAGAAACAAAUUGGGAUACGCACUUGAUCUGAACAAGAGCCCCAAUGCCCUGAUGGAAAAACAUGUCAAACUUGAGGGUUGUGGAACUGAAGUUGAUGGGCGAGACAAAUUGGAAGGAAAUCAAAAUUCCAAGAGCUUCAAAUUCGGAGCCUUUUGCCCCAUUGAAGUUAGAGCUUCCAAAAAUGGAGAAGCGAAACGGGAUCAUAACCGGGAAGGCCUCGCCUCAACUUAUCAUCCUCGGUAUCAGAACGAGGCUUUGAGAGAAUUAUUCUCCCAUUACAUGGAAGCAUGGAGAACAUGGUACUCUGAAACUGUCAACAGAUCAUCACUAGACAUUUCCUGAAGCAUCAUCUAAAAGUAUAUUAUUAUAGUCAUUCCUUUUGGUGAUUGAUUUUUGGAGCAUGGGAUGCUCAUAUGUUGGCUGCACAGCAAGUCCUGGUCUUUGGAGGCUAUUUUUCGGGUAUCCCACUACUAUUGUUUCUCGGAAUGGCUGUCUAGUCGAUCGAGCUGAACUAUCGAAUAGUCAAAUAUGUAGCUUAUUGACAUAUGUACUUUGCAAAAUUGAAUCAAUGUUCUUAUUACCAAUUCCAUACAGAUGCCAAUUUACAGAAGUUGAACUCUUGAUGCUUCAGCAUCCGUUUUUAAAGCAGAAACAACAUUAAUGGGAAACAAAAAUUUACUGAUAA